AUGCCUUCCCCGGUUAACAAUGGUUUUGUCUCCUUAUCUGAGAUAUGGUGGAAAAAGCCACCUAUUUUACGUCUUCCUCCAGAGACGCUAGAUGCCAUAUUUUCAUAUGCUUCCCCUUCAGAUUUAAUCAACCUUUCUCUCGUCUCAAAGACUUUCCAUGUCUUAGCUGCCGCCCAGCUCUACCGCUCGUUCAAGCAUGUUUUUACCGACGAUGACGCAAGGGCUGGACACCAACCGGUGGAUCGUCUUGCUGGGCUCCUGGAUACUUUGACCACAAGUGACUACAACUAUGCCGCAUAUAUCAAGGAGAUCUCCUUGGAUACUGCCCAUAGCGGUGAUACAGGAGAAAGAGCAACUUCAGAAUUCAAAUAUGAAUUUACCUGUGGGAAAUUUUUGAAUACUCUGCUCCUUGCAACUAUAAAAAAGAUAACUGCGUUGGAGAGCUUCCGGUGGAACGUUCGAUUGGAAAUCAGUCCAUCGGUCUUUACUGCUUUGGGCAAAUACCAGAGUCUGCAAAAUCUUCAUGUUCGGUUGCAGGCGGGGCCAUCCCUUCAUUUAACCCGGCCAAAACCAAAAUCACAUAUGUCUUUCCAGUUCCCCCCUCCAGCCCCACCCUCUAGCCAUUCACAAUAUCAAACUCACCAUCACCACCCAGCCCCUCCUUCUGGUGGCGCAAUUCCAACCUACAUGUUGCAUAGCAAAACAAACAUGGGCAGUGGUGGUGUUAGACUGGUGAAACGGCUGAAUGUUCGCAAAAAUCCUCAUGGACCUCGAAAUUUCUCCGAGUUUUCAAGUUUGAGAAGCUUAGCUGUUCUUGAUAUGGACACCCUUGACUAUGUCUCUGAAGUUGCGGAAUGCAUUUCAUCGUCAUCGACCACUCUGAAAACCCUGAAACUUUCCUUCUCUGAAAAAUUGGCUCUAGAAUCUCGGAAGAAGGCUAUUACGGAUAUCUCAGAUACAGAAACCGUCCAGGAGGAAGAUGAUGAUGGGUUUAUUCAUCCGUUGGUGAUAUCUGCACCACCUCUACCCCCUGGGAUUUCGCCACCUAUACUCGCGCAUGCCCCUACAUCAAGUGAUGUCAAUGUGUGUCGUGAGCGUGCUAACCAGGAAAAAGCUCUGGCCCGGAUUUUUGGGCUUGAGAAGGGACAUGUGACAGCAGAAGACAAGAGACUGGAACAAGUCGCAGAAGAAGCGGUUCAUAAGGCAGACAGGGAUAUUCAGUCUUCACUCAAAUCAUCAUCGGGACAGGAUAUCGAUCGAAUCUUUGUGGAAAACUUGUGCACAAUGGUGCGCGGCAUAGCCAACAGCAAAAGCGGUCACGCUAGCUCAUCAAAGGGCUCCAGGGCUCUUCGGAAAAUUGAGAAGGCGGCUCUGAUGUAUCUCGAAAGCGAUCAAACGGCGGAUAAUUUUCCGAAGGGCAAAAAGAAGUCAUCCUCCAGUCCUCAACAUACCCACCAACUCCCAACCUCGACCGAACCGACGGAAAUUCUCGGCUCUAGUGCCCCUGUACCCAAAACCUUUCUUGACGGUGAAGAAAUACCCUUGCCUAUGGCCGCCGAUUAUUCGGCUUUUCUAAUAAAUCCGCCGCCAUCACAACUUCCAACGUCAAAGAAGUGCACUUACCCUUUUAACGGAAAUCCUAUCUACCCUCCGAGCGUUGGAUUUGGUAUGCAGGGACCUCCAGUUAAAUAUAAGUCCCUACAAAAUGCGCAUCCCGCAAAAGCGGACACUAGCGUGAAGUGUGCCGGCAAUAUAUUCCACAACUCAUCGUGCGCAUCCGAUGCCAGCGAUGCAGCCUCGAACAAACCCCCCCUUAAGAGCACCCAGUGUGAAAUUUUUCAACAUCCAGCAUCUUUGUCGAAUCCGGUAGACAAAAAACCGGAUGAUGAAUUCCUGGACCUGAUUGAUAUCGAACACCCGGAUGAAUUGAGUGAGGAUGGUGAAGACCAAGUGUUCUUAGAUCCAAUGGAGACUUCUGCAGAAGGUCAUGGUCAGGAAUAUCAAUCUAUAAAUCCGCGCUCGGACGGUGAACCGAAAGUACCCCAAAGUGAUGAGCGCAAUUCCGAUCCAGAGGUGCAUGCUGGACCAUCGCGUAAAGGAAAGGAGCCUAUCAGAGGUUUCGACACGACUCGCCUGACUGACACCCGAGUUUCUUCGGAGCAACUUGAAAGUCCAUUGAAUGAUGAUACCGAUGGCGCCAUUCAUGAGUAUAUUCGGCUCCACCAUGGAAUUUCUCUGGAAAAUUUAUCCAUCUACCUGAUCCCAGUGAAGCCUUCAGUGCUAUGUCGGGCUGUCAAUAUCUCUUCGCUGAAGCAUAUCUCCCUGAUGAACGUAGGACCCCAACGUCCGUUUUGGGCUAUGCUCUCUAAGUUGCACAAAACCACAGCGCUGCAAAUAACAUCGGUGCAUACGGAUAAUGUCACGCAGAGUUUUCUGACGUUCUUGAAUGGCCUGGAAUACCUCGAAGAACUUAUCAUGGUGGAAAGAAGUAGCCGUUCCAAAGUGGAGUCCUUUGCGCCCAAGACGGUAGUUGUGAUUGAUGACAUUCGGCGUCAGGUCCUUGUAAAGCAUAUCAAACACCUAAAAAGAUUGAUGAUUCGAAACGACGAUCUCGUACACUGGUGCUUGAAUAGGGAGUCGGCCGUGCUGAUCGGUAAACGUGGCGCGAAGCUGAGGGAGCUUGUUGUUGGCAUGAACUCAUCUAAUUUUCACGUGUUCAUGCAACAUCUCAGCGGCCUUCGGUCCCUUCACGCUCUCCACAUCAUUUUCUCCCACAGCGAUUACUGUACCAGCCUACUCCGCGAAAUUAGGUUAUGUGCCACGGACAACGUGAUCCAGCGCCCACAUCUAAAAGUCAAAUAUGUUGCUGUCAGCUACAGUUCCAACGGUCCCAUCUCAACAUCCAUCGCCCGUUUGUACCGGCUUCCUCCCAUGCCGUCAAAGAUCGGUAAAAAGAACACAUUCUCACAGAAGCACGACUUCGCUUCCACCUCCUGCUCAUCUAUUGCCGCUGAUAAAGGCAAAGGGAAAGCAGUGCAGCGCCCAGAAUCACAGUUCUCAAAUUUCAUAACUCCCUGGGCGGCAUUGGAGAGUGAUAUGGAGUCUGAUGAUGACGACCGGAAUCGGGUGACGGUAAUUGAAGGGAUAAAAUUUCGCGAGGUCACUGACGUUAAAGUUUGGCAGAAAGAAAUAUGGGAUUUGAAGCUUUGA